CCACCUGUGGUGCGUGGUCGAGGGCGUGGACUCCGCGGUCGCGGUCGAGGUGGCCCUCGCGGUCGUGGUCGUGGGCCUCCACCGAUGCGCUUAUGAUAAGGUCGCUUUUCGCUGUCUGGAUGCAUUCAAACAGCAGAUGCGACAAAACACUGAGUGCUAA